UACUGAUAGCUCUGCUAUAUACUUGAAUUAUAGAUAUGGACUCCUCAAGAAUUAGUCUGCGUCCAUUUAAGUUAACAGACGUUGAUGAUAUGAUGUUAUGGGCAGGCGAUGAUCGCGUAACUCAAACCAUCCGAUGGAAUACUUUGACCUCCAAAGAAGAGGCAUUGACCUUCAUCAAGGAUGUAUGUAUACCCCACCCUUGGCGUCGAUCUAUAUGCAUCGAUGACCGUUCGAUUGGAUUUGUAUCUGUAUUCCCCGGAUCAGGUGAUGAUAGAAGUCGAUCUGAUGUCGGAUAUGCUGUUGCUUUUGAAUAUUGGGGGCAGGGGAUUGGUACUGAGGUACUCAAAAUGACAAUCCCUCAAGUGUACAGUGAGUUUCCUGAAGUAAUAAGGCUUCAGGCAUUAGUUGAUGUUGAGAACAAGGCAUCCCAAAGGGUAUUGGAGAAGGUUGGAUUCAUCAAGGAGGGGAAAUUGAGAAAAUAUGGAUAUCACAAGGGGAAAUUAGUGGAUCUAUUCAUGUACAGUCUCUUAUCCACUGAAUCGAUUUACUGAUACCACUUCUUCAGGUCCAUGAAGUCGCAAAUUUUUUUAAUACAUGUAAUUGAAAAUUAGCCAUCUUCCAGGAUAUUUUCACUUGUAGAAUUUGAAACUCCGAAACAAUGGCUAUUUUGAGAUUACAUAGCUGAAAAGUGACUAGCCCUGUUGCAUAUACCUUUACCUCGCGGUCUUGUUUACUAUAAAAUAGAAACAAGUAAAACACAUUCACGCCAUCACAGAAUCAACAACUGUAUGUCUUUCCUGAGAAUCAAAAUGCUACUUAUGUU